AUGCAUUUGGCAAAAGAUUUCAAUGCUGUCUGCGAAAAUGAAUUUCCUGCUCGCGCAAUUGCUGAACAUUUAACACGCGCAAAUUGUUCAAUGGAACCGUUGGAUAUGCAACGACGAAAGAAUAUGCUAUUAGCAACGAAAGCAACUUUAACCGAGUUAAAAGAAUUACUGAGCAAUGAUCGAAGCCCAAUAUGUUCCUCAAGGCCGCAGCCAAUUCUGGAACCCAUCGUGCAAAGUCGAUUAACACAUUUCUCAAUGGCUUUGGUGGAAGAGGAGAAAACGGAUAUAAUGCUACCUUAUGUAGCAUUAGGCUUCUUCUGA